GGAGGAGGGCAGGAAGAGCGAGAGAGGGAUGCCGGGAGGCGCUGCCGAUGUUAACAGCUCAGUCUGGUGUAGGAGAGUAGAGGAGCUCUGUAGCUGUCCGCUCCCCGGCUUUCAUGUCAGGGGCCACACUGCUUGCGAGGUGCUUGCAGGGAGGAGGAUGAUGACCAUGAACGGCAAGCAGCAUUUCUCCGUGCACCCGGCUCUGCACGAGCCCAAGUAUCCCGGCCUGCACUCAGGCUCGGAGGGCAUGCGCAGAGUCUGUCUGCCCGCCCCGCAGCUGCAGGGCAAUAUAUUCGGAGGCUUUGAUGAGAGCCUGCUGGCACGGGCAGAGGCUCUGGCGGCUGCUGACAGCAUUGUCUCUCACGGCAAGAGUCACCCGUUCAAACCAGACGUGACUUACCAUACCAUGAGCAGUGUCCCCUGCACCUCAGCCUCCUCUUCUUCCUCCACCACCGUGCCCAUCUCCCACGUCCCCUCCACCAUCGCCUCCCACCACCAUCACCACCACCUCGGACAGACCCUGGAGGCCGGGGACCUCCUGGACCACCUCUCCACCAGCCUGGCCGUGACCGGGAUGGGUGCUCCGGAGCCUCCAGGGAUGACCACGGCGGCACACCACCACCAGCACCCUCACCACCACCUGCAGACCAUGGGGCAGCUGCACCAGGCGAUGGCAACCAUGGCCCACCCUCAUUCCCUUUCAGUGCACGGCGGCAUGGCGUGCGUCAACGACGUGGAGUCGGAUCCCAGGGAGCUGGAAGCCUUCGCCGAGCGGUUCAAGCAGAGGCGGAUCAAACUCGGGGUGACCCAGGCGGACGUCGGGUCAGCGCUGGCCAACCUCAAGAUCCCCGGAGUGGGGUCCUUGAGCCAGAGCACCAUCUGCAGGUUCGAGUCUCUCACCUUGUCCCACAACAACAUGAUCGCUCUCAAGCCGGUUCUCCAGGCCUGGCUUGAGGAAGCCGAGGCUGCGUACCGGGAGAAAAGCAGCAAGCCGGACCUUUUCAACGGGAACGAGAGGAAAAGAAAGCGCACCUCCAUCGCCGCGCCGGAGAAGCGCUCUUUGGAGGCGUACUUUGCCAUCCAGCCCCGGCCCUCCUCGGAAAAAAUUGCGGCCAUCGCCGAAAAGCUGGACCUGAAAAAGAAUGUGGUUCGAGUGUGGUUUUGCAACCAGCGGCAAAAACAGAAACGAAUGAAAUACUCUGCGGUGCACUGAGUUUCACACAUCAUGAAUAAAAUAGCCUACUACAUUUUUGAUCGAGUGAUUAAUAAUAGCCUAAGUAGCCUAACUAACAGGGAUUUAUCAACUGCUCUUCACUUCUCAUCUGGGAUUAUCUCCAAAAAGACAUUUGAUUUGAUUUUUCAGUUGGUGUCACUCACUCUUCGCUGUUGCA